AGCUACCAUGGCCCCUGAUGUUUCUCCGAUACUGCAAUCGAUAAGGAGGUGUUUUACCAUUCCAACCAAGGCAAGGGAGUACCAAUACUGUACUCGUACUCGUACUGUGCUUUUGGCAUCCCUCCUCACUUCUAAUUAUCAGCUGGAAUGUCACCACCAUUCUUCAGACCCCUUCACAUCAAUGGCGACCCAGUACAGUACUCUCUACAUUCUCGCGAUACCCACUAGAAUGCCCGAACAAAAGCCACCGCAAAACAAAAAACAAUCCAAACUAUGGCCAAAACAACCGCCAUACAAAAAGCCCCCACCAUAUCCCCCUCCCGGGGACCCUAUCAACUCGAAUCACGACACUCAUUUACGACAACGACUCUGGUAAGCCCCCCUCCCACACUCAUUUCACCCGAUAGGAGCAGCGCGAAAGAAGAUAGAAUAGAGUAAAGUAAAAUGGGACUCCUGUGCCAUUUCAUCCUUUCCCUUCUAUUAUUCUUCUUCUCCCCCAUCUGUAGGGUCAAAGCUUGCGACAAUGGCGGGCCAACAACCACAACCUACACCAUGAUAACCCCAUCCCCGAACGCCGUCGCCUACCCCGUCACCCGCCAAUUCCAAGAAGUGCACACAUACGUCCCCGGGUGCGCCGUUUGCAACCUGGACAAUUCCGACUGCACAACUGUGUACGCGACGCGGACGUACAAUUGGUGUUCGGCGGUGGUGCCCUGUUACGGAUGUGCCUGUACAAUCACGGAUUGCGCACAGUGGGUCACUUUCUCGCAUGCUAAUACCUACGCUCUGCGCACGGCGGCGUGUGGAAGUGGUGGUGGUGCACUUUGCAGUAACCAUGGAAGGCCAACGGAGGCCGCUGCGACAACGUCGUCGGCGGCGGCCUGUUAUGUCGAGGCUAUCGUUACCAAGUAUGCCAUUUCCUACGUCGAUUAUAGCGAGGGAAGGUACUCUCGUGUUCGCGUUGAACGCUGUCUCGAGCACGGUGACGCGGAGUGCGAGGUUUGGUACGAGAGAUGGGCGGAGCAAGUCUAUGAGGAAGAAGAAGUGAUAGUCAUGGUGCCCGUCACUGUCAAUACCUACUGUCCCGAACCGACCACCAUUACCUAUGCUGGGAGCACGGUCACCGUUCUGGAGGCCCCAACGACAGUGGUGUUCGUUACGGAGAGUAGGGUUAUUAGUACUGUUACGGUUACGAGGUUGAGUACCACCACCGGUACUACUACCGCAUAUUCCACACCCGGAUACUCCUCCCGAUCCUCCCGAUCCUCCCAAUCUUCCUACGGGACCUCAACAACAAGACACUUCUCCUCCAUGCCCCAAUACCCCGCCGAAACACCAUACCCCCGUCCCUCCCCCACAAGCUACUACUCAACUACGCCAACCCCGCACUACUCACCCUCACCCUCUCCCCAACACCCCAAAUACCCAUCCGAGGGAUAUGAGGAGGAGGAGGAGGAGGAAGACGGAGGCCCAGAAUACCACGACUAUGGCCGCUUCAAAAAUAACGAAGGCCUGCACGAGUGGGGCAGGUUCUACGACUCCGAACUACGAAAGCGCCAGUUGUGGGGAGAGUACAGGGACAACGAGGAAGCGCAUAGUUACGGGCGAUACGAGGCGUAUGGGAAGCAGCAGGAGCAGAAAGUGCAUUUGGAUGGAGUCGGUGGACAUAAAUCCAAUGAUAAGGCCGUGGAUUCCUUUGAGUAAGAGAUGAUUUGUGACGAGGGGGCGAGUGGAGAGAAAUUGACUCGCUUCUUUUCGGGAGGGGGAUAUUUCUUUCUUUCUUUCUUCCUCUCCUUCUUGUACUUUAGGCAGUUAGGGAUUUAUGCGGGAUUAAUUAUGAAUGGAAUGGUUUCCUUUUUCGAG